AUGCGGACCAAAACUGGGGGAUCACUCACCUUUUCCCUGCUUUAUAAUUUUUUUCCAGUAGAUGAAAUAUCUUCAAAAUUGUUCCAAACGACAAAAGACGUUCUUCGAUACCUCCAUUUUAUCCCUUGCGCCGCUAAUGCAACUCGCGGCUCUCUGCCCUUUCCUCUCCUUUUCUAUUUUCGCAAUUUACCACUUUUGACCCACCACCCCCACCCCGGACCCCGUUUUUCCUUUCUUUUCUUUUACAAACCCCGCCCCGCCGCCGCCGCCACCAAAGCCCCGAACCACGGUCUCCCUGCAACUCGUUACCUUCUUUCCCACCUCACUUUAUUUUUCAUUACUUCUUUUACUCUUUGUUGCUUUUGGCGUUACUGGUUUAUUUUUUCUUCAUUUUCUUGUCUUUGUUUUUUUUUAUAUCAUCUUUGCUUAAAUUUUAUUCCUACAUUAAUUUCUUAUUUUAUACUUCUUCCCAAUUUUUCUUUUCUUUUGCAUUCUUUCUUCCUUUCUUUUUCGUUCUCUCCUCGCUUUCUUUUUUUUUUACAUUCAUUUAAUUAUUCACUUUAUUCUUUGUCACGCUUUUCUUUCCUAUUUUCUUCAUUUUUCUUUUUUUUACAUUCUUUUAGUCUUUCUUUUCGUUCCCCGCGUAAUUUUUUUUUAUUCGAGUCACUUCAUUCUUUUAUGUUGUCUUGA